GGUCACACACACGCCCACCUAUACAAGCAAGCGGCUACAUUUUUUUCAAGUGUGUUCGACGUUCAUAAUUUUUGUGGUGGAGCUGACUGCAAAAAUCAAAAUUAUCAAUAAGCCAACGAAUUAUUGGCUAUAACGCAAGUUAGAUCCCCGAAAAACUUGGCGCCGUUUCGCUCCCAAAUUUUGCAUAAUUAAAAGCAUUACCAGAAGAGGAAGUUUUCGCAGCUAGAAACAUGUCAAGCCUGCCACGUCGGAUCAUCAAGGAGACGCAGCGUCUGAUGCAGGAGCCCGUGCCCGGGAUCAAUGCCAUUCCCGAUGAGAACAACGCCAGAUAUUUCCAUGUGAUCGUGACCGGACCGAAUGAUUCGCCCUUCGAGGGCGGAGUAUUCAAGCUUGAGUUGUUCCUACCGGAGGACUAUCCAAUGUCGGCGCCCAAGGUGCGUUUCAUCACGAAGAUCUACCAUCCGAACAUCGAUCGCCUGGGCCGCAUUUGUUUGGAUGUGCUGAAGGACAAGUGGAGUCCGGCCUUGCAGAUCCGCACCAUAUUGCUGUCGAUUCAGGCCCUCCUCAGUGCACCCAAUCCCGAUGAUCCGUUGGCCAACGAUGUGGCCGAAUUGUGGAAGGUCAACGAGGCGGAGGCCAUUCGCAAUGCCCGCGAAUGGACCCAGAAAUAUGCCGUCGAAGACUGAACGCCCGAGGUCCGGAGGAAAGUCAGGAAGCGGAUACGGCAGUUGUAUCGCAGAUUUUCCAGAAAAUGGGUGCGCGAUUUGGACGGGCGGGUGGGGAAAAACAAGCAAGCUAAGAAGCAAAAUUUAAACACAAACGAAAAGCCAGCAUGUCAUUGUGUGUGUGAGCCGACCACUGCUUUAAAAAACAACCAGAAGAAAACCUAAAGCUAAAGCAUGCGAGAGAAAACAUAAGAUUAAGUGAAAAGUUAAAAUGAAAAGAAUUUUUUUUUUUCAAACCUUCUGGGGCGGGUUAUACAUAAUGAUAAAUAUAUAUUUUUUUCAAACAAUCGAUCGGGGCGAUCGGCGAUGAAGGAGAGAUAGUGAAACCAUUCUUUAUGUAAGUCAUAUACAAUACAUGUAUUCGAAAAACAAACAAACAGUAAUUCGUUUUAAUCGUUUCUAUUGAUAUGUAUGUAUGUAUAUGUAUGUAUUUGUAUGUGUAACUGAAAUAACCAACCCAUAAGCAUUAACCCAUGUAGCAUCAGAUAAAUAAACCAAUUGAAAAGGCAACUAAAAA